UCUGCCAGGGUCGGGAAGGGACUACCAUCAGAGCCGAGAGGCAACUUCCAGGGCUAUCAUCCUUGAAGAGUCAGGGACCCGGGCGGGUGGCCGCCAGAGCAGAAGUCAAAGGUGGCUGUGCUUGUGGGUCUACCGGACAGCGAAGCAGUUUAGGCUUCGGUGCCCUGUCUCAGCACUUCAAGGCUAUGCGAGAACGCGGCCAGGACAGUCAAGCAGGACUCGCUCUGUAUGUAGGACUCUUUGGGCACCUGGGGAUGCUUCACAGGGCCAAGUACAGCCGCUUUCGGAACGAGUCCAUCACGUCUUUGGAUGAAGGGAGCCCCGGAGGCUCGGUUGGAAACAAGGGCUCAUCUCCUCCUCCCUACCCAGCCCUGGCCCCUCACCUGCCGGCUGAAGAUGCCACUGUGCCCACCCAGGAGAGCCCCACUGCGCUGUGCACCUUGAUCCCCCGUAUGGCAAGCAUGAAGCUGGCCAACCCAGUCACUUUUCUGAGUCUGAAAACCUUUUGCCUGGGUACCAAAGAGGUGCCCAGGCUGAAGCUCCAAGAGAGCCAGGAUCAGGCUCCAAGCAGUCCAGCCUCCCCAGAAACCAGCCUAAACAGGACUGGGCCUGCUCCUACACAGCAUCCGGACCAGGUGGGACACAGGGCAACCCCCUUGCCUCCUGAUGCUUGCCCAUUGCCUGACCCUGGACAACCAACCCCCAGGAGCAGGCAGGACAAGCAUUCUCCGCAGCACCUGUUGGGGUCCGGUCUGAACUACUGUGUGAGGUACAUGGGCUGCAUUGAAGUGCUGCAAUCGAUGAGGUCACUGGAUUUUGGAAUGAGAACCCAAGUUACAAGGGAAGCAAUAAGUCGCCUGUGUGAUGCUGUCCCUGGGGCCCACGGAGCCAUUAAAAAGCGAAAGGCUCCUGUUAAGUUCCUGUCAACGGUUCUUGGCAAAAGCAAUCUUCAGUUUUCAGGAAUGAAUAUAAAACUGACUGUUUCGACGUGCAGCCUCAUACUGAUGAACCUUGACAACCAACAGAUUAUUGCAAAGCAUCAAAUGCAAUCGAUUUCAUUUGCCUCUGGAGGGGACCCUGAUACCACAGACUAUGUUGCCUAUGUAGCUAAAGAUCCAGUCAAUCAACGAGCGUGCCACAUACUAGAAUGUCACAGUGGAAUGGCCCAAGAUGUUAUAAGCACCAUAGGGCAGGCCUUUGAACUCCGGUUCAAACAGUUCUUGAAAAAUCCUUCCUUGAACACUUGGGAAAGGUCAGAGGUACACGUGGAUGGCACAUCUGAAGACAGAGAUCAUGACUAUUACAACGCAAUGCCAGGGAAGCAGCCACCUGCAGGCGGCAUUUCAGAUGUGCGGGUCAAGGUUCAAGCUACAGACCAAAUGGCUUACUGCCCUAUCCAGUGCGAGAAGUUGUGCUAUUUACCCGGGAAAUCUAAGUGCAGCGGUGUGUAUGAGAACUGUAUGGAACAGAGCGGGUCAAUCGGGAUUCCCCACGAGAGAGGGAUGCACACUGAUGCCGCAUCGAUGAAGCACUCCUGCCGAGUGGAUCUCUUUGAUGACCCCUGCUAUGUCAAUACACAGGCUCUUCAGGGUACCCAUGGCUGUGCUGGACAGCAAAGCCCAAACCAGCCACAAGGGAGCACAUGGCAACUUAGAAAGGCACCAGAAACUGUACAGCCAGGAGCCACAGCCCAGUCCAUGAGCUCACACUCUUUGCCACACAUUAAGCAGCAACUGUGGAAUGAAGAAUGCUUCCAUGGCAGGCUGAGCAGGGGGGCAGCAGAGAGACUUUUGCUGAAGGAUGGGGACUUUUUGGUUCGAGAGAGUAUGACAUCUCCUGGCCAGUAUGUGUUGAGUGGGCUACAAGGUGGCCAGGCGAAGCACCUCCUCUUGGUGGAUCCUGAAGGCAAGGUGAGGACCAAGGACCAUGUGUUUGAUAAUGUUGGCCACCUUAUCAAAUACCAUAUGGAUAAUAGUUUGCCAAUCAUCUCUUCUGGAAGUGAAGUAAGCCUUAAACAACCAGUAAGAAAAGAUAAUACAAGACUUUUGCAUUUCAAGAAAUGACAACUUCAGGCACUGUGGCCGCGAUGUCAGAAGAAUAUUCCUUUUGUGUCAAGAAAAAUGACAAUUCAAACUUUUUCUCCAGACAAAGCAGAACACAAACUGUAAAACAUGUCUUUCUGAGACCACCAUCAACUAUGUCUUUUAUAAAACAAAGAAUUAAUAAAAUACCCUCUGAAUAUGAAAAUCAGAGAAGAAGAAUUUUGAUCCAUUUGAAAAGGAGUUAUCCAUAUGCACAGAGGUCACUUUUUAGAAGUCACAUUGCAUUGCAUAAAAGCUAAAAGCACAAUUACAGUUUCAUAUGUUAAAGACAACUUAAACUGCUCAGGCAGUGGUAUGUGCCUUCAACUUGAUAAUCUGGGAACAUUUUCAUACGGGGGAAGUUGAUUCCAAGUGUUUUCCUGUUCUAUAGCUACAGAACCAGUUGCCAAAAAAGUUUCUCCUUGCUAAAAAA